AUGGCUGAUCUUCAACCUAUGUUUAAACUUGUUAUAAGAAAUACUUUGAAGAGUGACAUUCUUAAAAUCUAUGAUAAUGAGAGGGAGAAAGUUUUGAAGAUGACAGACAAGAAUGGAAGUAGGAUGGCAAUUACAACUGAUCUGUGGACUUUAAGUAACAAAAAGAGAGGGUUUAUAGUCAUUACCGUUCAUUUUAUUGAUCAUACUUGGACGUUGCAAAGCCGGGUUUUAAGGUUUGUUUAUGUUCCUUCUUCAUACACGAAAGAUGUCCUUGUUGAAGUCCUUGUUGAUUGUUUUUUAGAGUGGAACAUUAAUAGGAAGUUGUCCACAAUAACUGUUGAUAAUUGUAGUACUAAUGAUGCCAUGAUAAGACUUUUCUUGAAUAAGCUUGAUACUAGUUCUUUUAUGUUUGGUAGGUCUAUGUUGCAAAUGAGGUGUGCUGCACAUAUUUUGAAUUUGAUUGUUCAAGAUGAAUUGCCUCUUAUCGGUGAUGGUAUUAAAAGGAUUCGUGAUAGUGUGAUUUAUUGGACUGGAUCACCAAAAAGGAGGCAGCAAUUUGAAGAAAAUGCACGUCAAUUGCGUGUUCAAUGCACCAAAGAGUUAGUCUUAGAUUGUAAAACUCAUUGGAAUUCAACUUACUUAAUACUUUCUACUGCAUUGAUUUAUAAAGAUGUUUUCCUGCAUUUGGCUAAACGUGAAACAUUUUAUACUUGUUUGCCAUAUGAUUAUGAUUGGAAGUUAGCCAAAGAUAUUUGUGGGAGGUUGAAGUUGUUUCAUAGUGUGACUGAGUUUUUCUCUGGUCGUAAGUACUCCAUAACUAAUAUUGUUGUUAUGGCUGUUGCUGCUAUCUUAGAUCCAAGAUAUAAGAUGAAGUUAUUAGAGUUUUAUUAUCCUAACAUUUAUGGUGAUAAUUCUGAUUUGGAAAUUGAAAAAAUUAAGAAACUUUGUUAUAAUUUGCUUGAUGAGUAUGGAGAUAUAGAUGAGUCCCUUGUAGAUAAUGAAGGAAGUUCUCAUAUUCCUGCAAGUACUUCAAGCCCUGUGGCACAAAUGAAGUUUAGUUCAAGUAGUUCAAAGAAACAUGAGAGUGCUAGAAUGGAAUUUAAUCAUUUCAUUGAUGAGGGAGUGUUGAAGAGAAGUAAAGAUUUUGAUAUUUUGGGAUGGUGGAAAAGUAAUGAUCUCAAGUAUCCUACUUUACAAAGGAUUACAAGAGAUAUUUUAGCUAUUCCUGUCACAACUGUUGCUUCAGAAUCUGCUUUUAGCACUAGUGGGAGACUUUUAAGUCCACACCGUUCUUCAACUAUGUCUGGAAAUUGUACACUUCAAUUAAUUCUUGAUGAUGGGGAGUCUAAUGAAGAGGAUGAGAGUUGUGUCACAAUUGUGGAUGAUUAG